AUGACAGAAUUUGAAGCUAUUGUUCAUAAAGCUACAAACUCUAAAGUUACAGCCCCAAAAAGAAAACAUGUUAGAUCAAUUGUAUUAGAAUGUUAUAGUGAAAAUAGUGCCAGAACUUUUUUUAUGGAAUUAUAUAGAAGACCAUUGGAUUCAAAUGAUGUAGUUUGUUAUAAAGCAUUAAUUACAAUUCACAAGGUCAUUCAAGAGGGUCCAAAAAAUGUAUUAGGUGACACUAUUAGUAGAGUUCAAUGGUUUGAAGGAUUAAGAGAUCAUUGGGCAAGAUAUGACAAUAGAGGAUUUGGGCAUUUGGUCGCAGAAUAUUGCACAUUAUUAAUCGAUAAAAUACGUUUUCAUCAAGCUCACCCAGAAUUUGACGGUGGUUUAUCAUUAGAGAAUUAUUCAAAAACUCAUAGACCCGAGAAUAUCGAAGUUGAUAGAGGCCUUCAACAAGUUAGUCAUUUAAUGGAUCUUAUGGAUGCUUGUUUCAGGAUGCAUAAUACCGUUGUAAAUUCUACACCAUAUAAUGAUUGUAAAACUUCUUCUUUUAUUCCAUUAGUUUUAGAAUCUUAUGCAAUUUAUAUUUUAAUUGUUCAUUUUUUUACACAUUUAGUUGACAAAGUUGAUAGUAAAGAAGUUAUUGAUUUUUCAAUUAAAAGAUUUUAUGGACAAUAUCAAACUUUAAGAAACUUUUAUUUAAAUGCAAGUGCUAUUACAAGUGUAUCAAGUGUUAUUGCAGUACCAAAUUUACCACCAGAUCCUCCAAAAUUCAUUAGAAAAGUUAAAGAACAACCAAAGCCAAAACCAAAACCAACUCCACUACCAGUUGUUGAAAAACCACCACAACCACCAACUCCACCACCACAACCAGAACAAAUUCCUGUACCAGUACCAACACCAGUAUUUAUCCGUCAAACUGUACCAGUUGUUUAUGGUGCUCCAUAUAUGCAACAGCAAGAUAAUAACUCAAUGUGGGGUCAAUUUGGAUCAAAUAAUCAACCAAUGUACCAAGAUCCAAAUCUUUUAGCACAACAACAAGCAAUGCUACAACAACAACAAUUACAACAACAAUUAUUACAACAACAGCAACAACAGGCUUUAUUACAACAACAAAUGGCAAACCAAUCACCACAACAAUCUUCUCAAUGGGUUACAUUUGGUGAUAAUGAUGGCACAACUAGACAACGUUCAACUAGUACUCCACCUGCCCUCGAAAAGAAAGAAGCUAAUGUCGAUAAAACUGCAUCACCACCAAAACCACAAACUGCCAAUAGUAAUGGAGCUACCGAUAGUCAAGGCAAAACUAGAGUUAUCACUAAAAUCAUCACUAAAACUGUCAAUAAUACAUCAGAAAUCAAUGCUCUCAAAGCUAGAAUCGAAGAGUUGGAAAAACUUUUACAAGAAGAAAUUGAUAAAAACAAAGCAUUAACAUUGAAACUUUCAGAACGUGAAGCAAUGAUUCAAGAGGUCACUGCUGCAAGAAAGAGACUUCAAGAGAUGACAAGCGUUAACGACAACUAUACAGCCGAAGUGGUUAAACAAAAUGAUCAACUUCGUGAACAAUUAAUUGCCAUUAGAGAUUGGACAGAACGUCAAAGACUUUUACGUUUAGAAAAAGAGUUUGGUUCUAUUAAUGGUAAUGUUUCUCAAUAUCUUCAAUUACUCGACAAUCCAAAUAAUUUAGGUAAUCCAGAAGCCACCCAUCAAAUGGUAAUCGAAGAUCUUUUACACCACAUGCAACAAGCCAAUCGUUUACAUGAACUUUGUAAUCAAGAGGGUGAUGAUUUAGAAAUGGAUAUUUUCGCCGCUGUCAAUUCAGUUUCAGAUUCAUUAAAAGAUUUAUUCCAUGACUCUAAAGGUUCCUCAAGAUUAAUUGUAGAUCCAGAGUUACAAAGUAAAUUUAUGGAUGCAGCUAGAAAAAUUGGUGCUCUCACUCAAAAUCUAUUUGAAAGUGUACGUCUUCAGGGUGGUCAAUGUCAAGAUGAUGAGGAUCGUAAGAGAUUGGCAAAUAAUUUAGCUUCACUUAAAGGUGGUGUCAAUGCAUUGGAUGCAUUAGCUCAACAAGCCGAUGCCGAUAGAAUCGAAAAAGAAAAGAAAUAUUUAGAGAGUGGUUUCGACCUCGAUGAUAUAGCUGAAAGAGAAUUAUUAGCUGCUGCUAAAACCAUUGAAGAUGCCGCCAAUUCUUUAUUGGCAGCAAAGUCAAAGAGAGAACCAAAGAAAGAAGGAGAUGCUCCUGAUGUCGCUGAGGCUAUUCUCGAAGCCGCUAUGGCAAUUACUAGUGCUACAUCAACUUUGGUUGGUGCUGCAACAUUGGCUCAAAGAGAACGUAUCGAAAAAGGUAGAACUAGUGAUGGUGGUCCAAUGUAUAGAAAAGAUCCAACUUGGGCUGAAGGUUUAAUUUCUGCUGCUAAAGCUGUUGCUGCAGCAACCAAAGCAUUGGUAGAUACCGCCAAUAAAGCUGCAUCAGGUCAAGAAAUUGUCGGUGGUACCGAGGAGGCUCUUAUUGCUACCUCUAAAGCUGUCACUGCCGCCACCUCUCAACUUGUUUCCGCUUGUAAAUCCAAAUCUGAUAUUAAUAGUCCAUCACAACAUAAACUUACAAAUGCUGCAAAGAGUGUACAAAAUGCUACAAACUUAUUAGUUGCCGCUGCAAGAGCUGUAGCUGCAAAGGUUGCUUCAGAAGAAGAAAUUGAUUUCGAUAAAUUAUCUGUAACAGGUUACAAAGUUAAAGAAAUGGAACAACAAAUGGCAAUUAUUAGAUUGGAAAAAGAAUUAGAAGUAGCUAGAAAAGGUUUGAGUGUUUUAAGAAAAAAUGUUUACACUAAUCAAAAUUAAAAUAAACAAUAAAAAAAAAAAAAUCAAAAUAUAUUUAUAAAAAAAUUUUUUUUUUAAAAAAAUC